AUGUUGUUGCUAUUAUUAAAACAAGAAAACAGAAUAAAAUCUACGACAAUAGAAUAUCACCUGCUCGUGUUAACAACAAUAGCAAAAAUUGGAAAGUUGCAAAAGAAGGAAGCAUUAAAGAUGGGCGAUACAACAUGCAACACGGUUAUUAAUUUAUUGACCAGUCCAGUUACUGAUGUGUUUGGAGUUUUAUUUCUUCUUCUUGCUGUUUGUGUAUGUGCAGGAAAUAGUAUGAUUUUGUUGAUUCUGCGACAUGAUGUAUUACAGAUGAAAUAUAAUCGCUUGUUACAAUCUUUAGCCGUUUCCGAUUUUCUAGUUGGAUGUGUGCUCUCUCCAUUGACAGGUAUACAAGUUUUGAAAAGAUCGUUCCAAUGCAAUUUACUUUUCGAUACUGUUCGACGAUAUUUUACGAUACUUCUUGUGGGUACUUUGUUCAUUACCGUCGGUAUUAUUAGUUACGAUCGGUAUAUAUUACUAAAAAGAUCGAAAAAUUACGACCAAUACAUGACUACGCGAAAGUUAUACAUUUUGGUAGCGUUCGCGUGGCUAUUUCCAGCUUUAACUCCUUUUAUAAGAUACGCUGGUUUUUAUCCGUAUUACGCUGUUGUUAUCUUACUGGUCGUGGGUCCGCUAUUUACACUUCUUGUCAGCUAUUAUUUUUUAAGUUCUGUAGUAAAGAAGAAAGAAAGAUCAGUGAAUGACUUAAGAAAAAGCGUGAUAGAAGAGUUUGGUAGUAGUAUCGCUGUCAGAUUAAGCUCGACGAGGCAAGAAAACGAGAUAACGGUAGAUAACCAUAGCAACACGUUACAUCCUAUCGACAAGAUUAAAGCGUGUCGGCACGAGAAAAAAUACGUCAAGCCGUGA